GGACGACUGCAUUAGCUCUCAGUAGUACAGCUCAGUCGUGUUUCAAUCGGUAAUAUAACGAAAAUUAAAAUUAAAAUAAAGAAUAAUUGACAAAAACAAUCGCCGGUCGGUUAAUAAAAAAUCAUGUCGAAGUUCAUGAAGAUGUUAAUCAUGGGGCGACUGAUCGUGGUCGUUCUUUACUAUCGAUUUUUGAGUUUGCUUUCAAGACUUGUGCCGAGAAGAAAAGUGAUUAUUAAUAUCAAACAAGGAGCUCUACUAGGUCAAUAUUACAAGACCUGCCUGUCGAACAAACCAUUUGUCAGUUUUUUAGGGAUACCCUAUGCUAAGCCGCCCAUCGAUGAAUUAAGAUUUAAGCCACCAGUCAAACACCCUGGAUGGACCGGAGUUUACAAAGCUUUUUCAGAAAAAAGAGAAUGUGUACAAUACGAUGAAAUGAUAGAGAAAAAAAUUGUCGGAAGCGAAGAUUGUUUAUACUUGAACAUAUAUGUGCCGCAAGAGUUAAAUGAAAUGAAACCUGUAAUGGUGUUUGUGCAUGGAGGUGCAUUUAACUACGGUUCAGGAUCGCCAGACUUAUAUUCCCCAGACUAUUUAAUCGAAGAAAACGUAAUCUUGGUCACGUUUAAUUAUCGCCUUAAUGUUUUAGGAUUUCUAAAUUUGGAUAUCGAUGAUUGUCCCGGAAACAUAGGGUUAAAAGAUCAAUUGUUUGCAUUUAAGUGGGUAAAAGAAAACAUAUCAGCAUUUGGAGGCGAUGCCAAUAACAUAACAGUUUUUGGCGAGAGCGCUGGAUCAGCGUCGAUCCAUUACCAUAUACUCUCUGCAUCAUCGAAAGGUGUGUUCCAAAGGGCUAUUAUGCAAAGUGGUUGUGUUCUUAAUCCUUGGGCAUUUACUUCGAAACACAAAAACGCUGCGCUUAAAAUAGCGGCGGAUUUGGGUUGUCCGUCAGACGAUCCUCACAAAAUAGUACAAUAUUUAAGAAAAGUUCCUGUAAACGACUUGGUAAAGGCUUCUAUGUUCAAAUCUACAUUUCAAGGCCAAAGAGAAAUUUUCAUUUACCAAUUUGUUCCAUCCAUUGAAAGCGAUCAAGUUAGUGAGAGAUUCAUACCAGCUCAUCCAGAGGAGCUGUUGAAAACAGCCUCUUCAAUUCCUUUAAUAUGUGGACUUAACGACAGAGAAGGAAUGUUUAUGUUUAAAGAUUAUAAAUCGAGACAAAUAAUGAGUUUUAAUAAAGUCGAAGAAAUAAGUAAAUUCCUCGAUGACGAUGCCAAAUAUGAUGAAGUCAUAAAUAAGAUCCAAUCGUUUUACUUUAAUGGUCACGAUUUCCAAACUAAGACUGAGGAAUUAGAAAGUAUUUGCGCGCUAUUCACUGAUGUUUUUUUCGCCAAAGAUUUCUACAAAGGAUUCAACGACUUAAUCGUAGAAGGCAUUACACCCGUUUACAACUAUGAAUUUAAAUUUGACGGAGAACUUAAUCCUAAAAAACUUUUUUUUUGUACAAGACCGAAAUUUCUCACCUUAAAAGGAGCGUGUCACGGUGAUGAAAUGUGGUAUUUAUUCUUUGGUAAAUUUAUUGCACUCAUGCCUAAACCAAAUUCUAAAGAACUAAGUGUGUGCAGAACAAUGUGUAAAUUAUGGACUAACUUUGCAAAAACAGGAAACCCGAAUUCAUCAGAUCUUAAUGUCAAAUGGGACUUUACAAGUUUGGAAAAACCUAAGUAUCUUUCAAUUGACGGCGACGAUACUCAUAUGGUCGAGGGCCAAGUGAACGAAGCCAGAGUAAAAUUUUGGAAACACUUAGACGAAUUAGUAAAAUUAAAUCAAAAGCUGUGAUGUUCUGCGAUAAAUGUAUAUUAUUAGUAUUAAUUAUUUAUUACUUUUAGGUGAUUAUGGGUAUAAUUAUGAAUUUAUUUGUAUAACUACUAUU